GGUCGCUCUGGUCAUUUUAUAUCGAUUUAAAAAGCGCUGCAUUGAUAACAAGCCAGCACUGCUGCACAGCCUCUCUGACAAAGCCGACAAGCUGACGAAGCUCUGUUCACCACCACCCUGUUAUCAGUAAACUUUCUUUUUUUUUUUUUUUUUUUUUUUUUUUAAAUGUCAUAUUGAUGAUUGAUUCAUUCAUUUCUAAUAUUAAUUGUACCUGAAUUAUUCAUUUAAUUAUAAAUGUUAACUUAAGUUUUUAGAAAAACUUGGACUUUCUAAAAUCUCGCGAUACUAUCAAGCCUGGAUGACGAAAUGUCCUGGACAUUACCUCAUGUGAAGUAGAAACAACGUUUGUGAGAAGCCAUUUUAUUUUUACCGAUGCAAAACUCUGCUCGACAGAAAAACUUGAAAGGCAUUAAACAGCCAAGCCAUGCUGUAUUGGUUGCAGCAGCUGCAAAUAAAACGGUGGCAGCACAAUACCAGCCUGGUGAAAAUACCUGCAGAGCCCUCCACUACCUCCACACAGCUCUGCCAGCUGCCUUCUGCACCUUGGGAAGGAAGGACAGAGGACUUCCUCCCAGCAGUAAAGACCCCCAAGGGCCUAGUCGGAGAAGCCGCAGCCUGUCUGCCAGACCCCUGGCAACAAAAUGCACUGCAAAAGCUCUCCCUCAAGCACCCCAUCACAGAGAUACAGAACACAGUCCUCAAUAUCUGUGGAAACAAGCCAGCUCAGGAGCUGAGGCGGAGUGUGUUCAACUUUGACAAGAUUCAGCAGUCGGAAGACUGUCCCUGUGAGGAUCCUGUGACACAGAUACUGGGGGAAACAACAGCACCUCCAGCACCGCCUGUACCUCUGACACUGCCAGCACCUACAGUCCUUUCAGCUCCUUCAGUUUCUUCAGUUACAAACGAGUCUGCGCAGGAAGCAAAGACUGGAGGAAAGAGUUCUCCAUCAAGCAGCAUGAACAAGAGGGAGAAGAAAAUGACCAGUUCUCUUCAGCCUUCUGGGGAGAAGGUGUCAGGAAAGGAGGGGAGCCCUGUGGACAAACUAUCCAGACUCCAGCACGAGGUGUUCACGCUCACUGAGGAGCUCAAGUCACAAAAGGAGCUGGUGCUUCACAAGGCCCUGGAGGCAGCACAGCAGGAGAAGAGGACCAGCAAACAGUUCCUGGCAGCAGCAGGGGAGCAGGAGCGGCUGGAACUGGUGCGGCACAAAGAGAGGUGUAUCGCGGACCUGGAAGGCCGCCUGGAGGCCCUGCUCAAAGACGACAAGGAGGAGCUGGAGCAGCGGCUGGCCAUGCAGGACUGCCAAGUGAAUGAGCUGCAGCAGCACGUGCAGCUCAUGAUGGAGAAGAACAACACCAAGCAGGAAGUCAUCCUCAAGCUCUCCGAGCAGGUGGCCGUCUGCAUGGCUGAUCCCCAGCGUACCGUAGCCAACUCCAUGGGCACAGAGACCUUCUGCAGGCUGCAGGAGAAGAUUGAGCACCUCAAGGUUAUUUUAAAAGUUACUUUUACAUUACAGCCAUGGGAAGUACGUCAACUCUUGUUUCAAGAAACACGGAUAAAACCACACUCUUUUUUUUGGUUUUGUUUGACCACCAUGUAAUCCUGCAUGAUGUGAAAAAGCAGUAAAGUAACUGAUCCGUGUUUUCGCUGCUGGGGUGUCACAUACGGUAUUGUGCACCUUCUCUGCAUCCAAUAAGCAUUACAAACAUGACAUCUUAACUAGCUUUUAUUAGCAUUGGAGCAGACACACAAUUACUGUUUGCCACUCCAGUCUAAGAAUGAUUCAUUUAUAGUAGAACCGGUCCAGGGGUCCAGCGAAUAUAUACUAAUAUUGUAUCUCAGAGGAAGUCGUUUUAGUAUAUUGUAGU